ACCUUUUGUGCGGCUCACUUUCUUUCCCGAGUGUUUUUUCGUGUAACACGGGAGCGUUUAGAAAGAUGGCGGCCUCUAUGGAAAAGCCACAUGUGGAGAUUGAACUAGACUCAGAUGCAGAUGACAUGAGUGAGAACAGCGAGAAUGAGGAAAGAAGUGAAGAAGAGGAAUCGGAAGAUGGAGGUGAUGAAGGAUCAGAAGAGGAGUCAGCUGAUGGAGGUGAUGAGGAAGAGAGAUCUGCUGAUGGAGGGAGUGAGGGAGAAGAGGAAGGAAAGGAGGAAGAACAAGAUGAGGAGGUUGAGACGAAUCCCAAUGCUGGUUGGGCAGAAGUCAUGGCCAAAAUCCUGGGGAAGAAAACGCCAGAUGACAAGCCCUGCAUUCUGCUAAAAAAUAAACAGUGGGACAAGCUCAAUGCAAAGGAGAGGAAAGAAAAACUGGAGAAGAAGAAACAGGCAGAUAAAAAGAGAGCGUGGGAGAUGAUGUGUCGGGUGAAGCCAGAUGUAGUGCAGGAUAAAGAGAAGGAGAGAAAUCUGCAGAGAGUUGCUACCAGAGGUGUAGUGCAGUUGUUUAAUGCAGUGCGUCAACACCAGAAGAACGUGGAUGAGAAGAUGAAGGAAGUCGGUGGAUCAGAGAGGAAGAAGGCUAAGGUCCUUUCAUCAGUAUCGAAGAAAGACUUCAUUGAUGUAUUGAGAGGAAAUGCUGGCUAUAACAAAGCAGCAAUAAAAACUGAAAGAGCAUCGUCUGAAGUGCAGAAAGAGGAGAAGCCAGCGUGGAGUGUCCUGAGGGAUGAUUUCAUGAUGGGCUCAUCCAUGAAGGAUUGGGAUAAAGAGAGUGAUCCAGAGGAGAGACAUAAGGAGCCAGAGGGUGCAGAUGACUUCAACAGUGAUUCAGACUGAGAUAAACAUUGUGUGUGUGUGUGUGUGUGUGUGUCUCCAUGUGAGACCAC